GUUGCAUCUGCUGAAAUUAGUACUCCUGUGUCUGUGAGGAUGACUAGAAGAACAAAAUCGAUUUGUAAACCAGAGGUGAUUCAGGAGUCUCCGUCUGAAGAGCUGGAACAGGAAGAAACAAAGUCAGAUGUCAGUGGUAGCUUAGAGGUGCAAGUUACUAGGAAUGAGAACACAGCACAGUCGGUUGCUGAACCACAGGGUGAUGGGGAUGUGUCAGAAACAGAGUCAAACUGCUCUUCGGUGUCUGGUCUUCAAACACCUUUGUUUGUAAGAGUAACAAGAAGACGACAAAUUGUAGUUCCUUAUCAGCUGAAUUCUGACAAAAAAAGACAUGACAAGACACCUUUUCUAAAUAAGUUGAGUGGGAUUCUGGAUGAAGAUGAUGUCUCUGAAGCUGAGUCUUGUUCCUCUGCUGUUUCUGGUGUCCAGAUGCCUAGUGUUACCAGAACUACAAGAGGCAGGCAGAGUAAAAGGAAAUUGCAGCCACAUAUGGUUCAUGAAGCCCAGACUGAAGAUGUUUCUGAUGCAGAGUUGUGCUGCUUGAGUUCCCAUAUGGAACCAUCCAUCACUACCAAACGAAUUACUAGGAGCAUGCAAAUGAAAUCACAAGUAGAAAAUACUAAGCAGACCGAGAAGGGAAACAGAAUUGUUUCAGAAGAUGAGAAUUUAAUGGAGGACACUGUUAAAUCCGAGCCAGUAAUAAUUUCUGAUUCUAGACCUGCUGCAGAACUUGUCUCUGACACAGAAGAUGCUUCCUCUGUCACUGAGGAUAAUAAAGAACCCAAUUCACCUAAAAGCAAACGAUCUUCCAAAUCUGCCAGUAAAAGCUGGAGUGAAGAUGUGGGAGAAGAAGAUGUAAUGCCCAGCAGUCUUACAAAAAUGAAACACAGUAACACUGAAUCACAAGGGAAAAAAGCAGUUAAAAAUAUACAGUCUUUUGGGGUAGGUCAUUCAGAGGAAGUAGGUGGCCAGAUACUUGUGAGGGGGGGUGAAUUAGAGCGUAUGGAUCUUUCUUUGAGUGAUUGCAUGAGUUCUAAACAGUCUUUAGAAUCUCAAGGGAAAAUAGCACCAAAUGAAAGUAAAAAAAAUCCAGAAUGCAAAAGAGCAGAUGCACAGCAAUCUUUCACCCAUGCUGAUAAAGGUAGUGCAGUGAAUGGCCCACAAAAAGCCAUAGAUGUUGCACAAAGGACAGGUAGCAUUGGUAGAUGCAGGAUGCUUAAAGUUGAUGUAGACAGUGAAGAACAAAUAGGAAAAUGUGCUGAAUCUGUGUCCCACAGCAGUGAAAGAUCCAGCCGUGGAAAUGAUUCUGUGGCAUUGUUUCUAAGCAAAGAUGAAGAUGAUGAAUCUGAAAUUAGUGAUGUGGUGGACAUAGAUACAGGUGAAGACAAUCUGUGUUGUGAAGAGGGAGAUGAGAUGAUUCCUUCUCUCAACAAAUGCUUAACGAACAGUUCUCUGCAUGCUGAAGGGCUUUUUGCAAUUGAUACCGAGCCUGGCAUGAGUUCUAACCAGAAGUAUUACAUAGAUGAGGUAGACCAAGAUAGUGAUGCUGAAAGUAAGCAUGAAGGAAGUGAAAAAGGUGAAGAAUCCUCAGAUCUGGAAGAGGCUGACGAGGAUUUGAUAGAUGAAGAUGAGAAAGACGAAGAUGAUGAUUUGUUGAAAAAUAAGAAUGACAUUUUACGUCUUUCCAGCAGCAUAGACCCAGGUUUGAAUAUCAAGAAACUUGGAGGUUUAUAUAUUAGCUUUGAUACAAAAAAACAGCAGUCUGGAUCAAGUGUAAUUCAACAAAUGAAGGAGAAAAAGAAAGAUCAGCUCUUGCAGAAGAGUAUAAUAACUCCAGAUUUUGAAAAAAAGGAAUGUGUCCCACCCUUCAGGGAAUCGCUUCACCAGCUAAAGAAACAGCGCAGGGCAGAGCGAGAGAAAACAACAGGUGAUGGUUGGUUUGGUAUGAAAGCUCCAGAAAUCACAAGUGAACUGAAAAAUGAUCUUAAAGUUUUGAAGAUGAGAGCUUCAUUGGACCCUAAGCGUUUUUAUAAGAAGAAUGAUAGAGAUGGUCUACCCAAGUACUUCCAGAUUGGAACUGUGGUUGAUUCACCUAUAGAUUUUUACCAUAGUCGAAUCCCUAAGAAACAAAGGAAGAGAACAAUUGUUGAGGAGCUGCUUGCGGAUUCUGAGUUCAGAAGAUAUAAUAAAAAGAAGUAUCAGGAGAUCAUGAGUGAAAAAGCAGCUUUUGCAGCAGGGAAGAGGAAUCGGAAGAAGAAGAAAUUUCGCAAUUAA